GUUUUGCUACAUUCAGCUGGGUUGAGUGUCUUGUCUUUGGCAGUGGACGUGUUUUUAGCUCAAAAACAGGUCGUCGUUGAAUUCACAGCGCGUAAUCUCGAGAGACAGUCUAAAAGUCCUCAAGAUGUCCAAAGCCAAGGGAAAGGGAGGAUUCUGAGCCACUCAUUUCAAACUUCCAUAUCACAAGACGCUGUUCCUGCUGAAGACCACCAAUUAUCCAGAAUCAUCAUGACCAGCAUUCCUAAACGGUGGGUGAUGAAACCUUUGACACCUAAAUUAGAGAAGUCUGACCUCCGGACCUUCUUGAGCCCUGGGGAUGAGACAUAUUCUUUUGAGAAGAGUUGGCGUCUAAGCCAGAAUGGUGAUUUCCAGUCAUACAACUUUGACCACUCAGUGGCUCAAUCCUCUGUGAGAGUGACGAAUGGAGAGGGUUUGGGCGAUGUUGUCCAAGCCAAGCAAGUUGCUUUAUUUGAAGACAGCAGUACCAGUGAGGACUGGCGGCCUAGUACACCUAACAGCCCUGGUUCUCUAAGCAGUACAGACUCCCGUGUGGGUUUCUACUCCUUUGUGGAUGACCCCACAAGCCCAGAAGCUGAGAAGAAUGAAUUUUACAUGGUCUCACCUACGAGACAAGCCAAACUAUCAACUCUAAAAGAGAAGAGUAGGUUUAAGCUGCAGACGUAUAUGGAAGAGAAAAAACCUGAAAAGCUGUUCGAGGAAACUAAUGGUGAUUUUCAGUACCAUAUUGGUAGCACACCAGGAGAGGGCAAUGGUGAAGAGACGGCAGAUCGAAUGGAGAUCAUUCGAAGUCAGGCACCCAAAAAGAGCCCUGUCCUCAAAGAGCAGUGGAGUGCCUUGGAGAACCUGGAUCUUACUAAACCACCCGGGCGUCUGAUUGAAGGUUUUAGUCUGAGCUAUAAACCUGUGAGCGCAAAACCUCAGCAAUCUGAAGCAGAUCCUGGGACCAUUGACAACCAGCAGAUUGACUUCAAUGCAGCACGUAAACAGUUUCAAAUGAUGGAGCGCAAAAUGCAAAACCCGUUCUUUAAGAAUUCCGAACAAGCCGAAUUUUCUUCAAGACUACGUGAACGAACGCUGUCAGAAGGAGCUCAGCUUUUCAAAAAAGACCUUAACAAAACUGAGACCCAAAAGGAGGACUCUUGGAAGAGAGCGGAGGAUGAGGCAAUGUCAACCAAAAAGGAGCUAGAAGAGAAGAGUCAAACCGACUUUAUAGAUAAUAUAGACAUGCGACUCGACGAUCAGGGCAUGAGCUCCACAAGUGUUGGAAGUUUAUUUAAUGAGGCUUCCAUGUUUGAAAGCACAUCUGUGCCUAACGAAACACCCAUUGAGCGAGAGAUCCGAAUCUCUCAGGAACGAGAGAAGGACCUCAGGCGUUCACGAGGUAUAUUUCUCCCAGACACACCAGAAAUGGUUGAAAUCAAGACCAAGCCUAUUCUGUCCCUACCAGCACCAGAAAUAAAGCAUAUUAAAGCCAAAGAGCCCAACAGAAUGAGUUUAUUCAUAAACCGUGGAAUUGAAAGACCCAAUCAGAGCCCAGGCCUUUAUGACAGAGGAAAUCUACAUAAUCAAGGAAUUGAGAAGAAGAAAACAUUUGGUUCUCUUUCAGACCAGCUAGACAGUAUUACUUCAAGCACAAGCACCAGCAUAAAUGGCACUGGCAGAUCUAUGAGUACAGACAACACAUCAACUAUAGAGAACCUUGUGCAUGUAGGACAAAGGGAUGUAUUAGAUUCUAAGGAGCCUCUCUCACCCUGCUGCCCUCAUCGACACUUAGAUGAGACAAUGAUUGGCAGAGAAAGUACUGCAAAAAUUCCAGGAAGAACAUUUGGAGCAAGUUCAUACGCCAAGGAGUUGGCUGAAAAAAAUGAAGAGAAACCCUCAAACAAGCCAUUCUGGAUGGCAGAUUAUAAGCCGAAAGAGUCGCGGAGGACCUUCGCCACGUUGUAUUCUCUUCCCCUUCCACCCGAACCUGUAAGAAACAGCAGAUCUACAGGAGCUUCGACGUCUCUUUCCGAGAGCUCAAGUGAGUGGCCUGGCAUGUUAAAUGCUCCGGAUGUAAUCCGCAGAGAGAUUGAGGAGGACCUCAGACGUGAACAGGAGCUUCAAGAACUGCGAGAAUCAAAUAAUCUGUCAAGUGCCUCAGAACCGACGUUAUCACAUCUCGUCACAUCAGAUGAGGUGUUUGGGCAAAGCAAUAAUAAGAAAACUUUAAUAAACAACUCUUAUGAAAAUGUAGUGGAGGUAGAGGCUGUCCAACCACAAAAAACUACACAGAGGACCAGUUACAGUUCCUUCUAUCCCUGGAAUGUGGAUCCUAGCCCUGUGAUCAGUACGUCAGUGCCAGGUCCCCGCGCAAGACUGUCUUCCAUCAUGACAGCACAACCAUGGAGUGGUCCCAAGCACACAACCCCUGCAGUCCAUAAGGCAGUUCCUACUAUUCCUUCCAGCCCAUUAACUGAAACCUCCUUUCAAAAGGGUCUGACUAAGACACUGCUGGACGACUUUGAGGAAAGACAACUCAGACUCAAGCUUGAGGAGAGCGCUUAUGCUGGGAUUCAGCCUGUUGAUGAAAUAAACAACGAGGUUGUAGAGGUGACUCGUGUGACACGGCACAAAAACACAAGGGCACUGCGGUGGGAAGCUGGGGUGUAUGCCAAUGAAGAGGACAACUGAGUCUGGACAUGCUGUUCAAGUGGAAAAUUUGCAAUCUUAAUACUAAUGCUAGUAGCAACGAUCCUCAGACUUGAUUAACUGGACAGGCUGGAUGUAACUGACACCUUGUACUUAUAGAGGCACCACCCUUUGGUGGCUCUUAACUGUAGAGGUGACAUGAAUUGUGAAGGCCAUCAGGAGACACAGAAAACCUACAUCAUGGUACCAAUCGUGAGUGAGAGUGAUGGCCAUUAUUUCGCAAGUUAAGGGGUUUUUGAGUAGAAGCCUGGUUUUUCUUUCAACAUCAGGACUGAAUAUCUGACAAUCAUUGUCUGAGGUUGGUCGAAGUGGGAUAAAUCACCCCAAUUUGAAUAAACAUGGCAACAACAACAACAAACAAAAAAAUCAACUUAUAACUAAAAACAUCAAAUCUCUAACAGUUCUCUGUCAUUUUAUUAUUUUUUAAUUGUAAGGAAAUUGUACUUAUUUGUAAAUUUUUUAAAAAUCACGCUUCUUUUUUGUGUAAAUGUACUUUCUGAUCAAAGGUAUUUGUUUCUUACUUGCAAGCGGAAAUUCUGUUGUUAUAUUUUUUUACACACCAUGUCUGAUUAAUAUAAUAUUAAUAACAGCAAUUCUUAAAAUAAAUAAAAUAGGAAGUGUAUAUAAUUUAAAACUGAUUCUUCACAAAAGGAGCUUUUCAACAGCUGGAAUAAUUUACCUCUUGUGUGAGCUGUUUAAUGAGUGACCUCAGAUCAUGUUUUCAAAGUUGGAACAAGCCCUUUAGCCCUUUAUCCUGUGUUCCGUACCAGUAGAUUAAUUUAUAAUCUAACAACAUAGGAUGUAAAUGACAUGCAGUUGUACAACUGAACAGUAGAGGGAGAGACAGUAUUGAAUUUAGUGGGGUUCGAAUCCUAUAGUCUUUUCACCCAUUUAGGAUCAUGGCACGGAGUAAUGGUGUGAGCAAAAAUGGAGAAAUCUUUUUUUAAUUUUAAGAAUGUUUGACAAUCUUGAACAAGUUGAUGCAGGAUUUAUUUACAUCAUAAUUCAUCACUAAAGUCUCUUUCCAACCAAAAAGGAUGAACUAAUUCAGAAUCUGUAUAAAUAUACUAUUUUUACACUAAUGUGAUAUAAAUGAAGAUUUUUUUUUAUUAUUAAUUUGGAAUAAAACACCAUGAAAAUGUGAACAGAAAUACUUUGGUCUUAUGGCUUUUUAUAUGAAGCAGGUAUUAUAUAAUACAGUACAGUAGAAUGAUCUUACAGCAAGACACUACAACAAUUUUCAGUUAUUUCCAAUAGAAUUGUAUUUUUGCCUUCUUUUAAAAUGCAGUAAUAAAAUGAUCUAAAAUCAA